ACGUGUUCGUUUAUUUAUUUUUUUUUUUUUUUUUUGGUCCGGUGUCCUAGUGCGCCCGGUGCAAGUAUAACCAUGUACGAUAAUUUGGCAAAAAUUGUAAUGCACUCGUGUCUUGGGAUCUAAGUCCACUUUUCGACAAGGUCAGAUCCCAAUUUUGGGUAGCAUCAAUAUGCAUCUGCCAUUCCGUAACAACUUCAAGGCCUCCGCACACCGCUGGUCAAGUACACCCAUAGACGAGGUUCUUUGACGGAUAAUAGCGUAGUGGAACGAAAAAAAUAAACGAGCGAAUUAAACAAAAGUAACACAAGAUAUCAGCAAACUGGUCAACAAUUGGAAAAAAAAUUGCCGAGGUGACCACUUAUAAGGAAUGCUAAUUUAUCCAAGAAACCGGAAUCCGUAUUUACCUUGUACCAAGCAAAAUUUUAGUACUGACGGGAAAACUACUGCACAUUUCUAAACCGAAAAAAUCCGCAAGCCAACGAAAGUGAGCGGGAAAAAGAGACAGAGCCUUAGCCGCGGGCGGCAUCGGCUUUUUUGUGUGUUGUUUUUCACGGCAACCGGAGCUUCCUUCCCUGUGAGCACGUGACCACGUGACCAGGAUAGAAUAAAAUUUCCGGUCACUUUUGCGAACGUUUCAGUUCAGUUCUCAUUCUCUUCUGGCGGUGAACGAACAACGGAGCCGCAGCGUUCGACACAAGCGCAAAUCUUUUCUGUUUCACUGCAUUUGGCACGCUGGCUCGAGUAAUCUCCUUUCCGUUCACCCCAGUCGUCAAAGACCCCGACAACACAGGAGACAUGUUGUCUAAACCGGAAAAUCUUCUCACCAACUACGGUGCAACAAAAGAAAACGGGAACAAACUUUGCCCGGAAACUCACUUGGGAAAAUCAAGCGAGAAAAUCAAUGGACAAAAUGGUUGUGACAUUGGCCGCGUUGAGUUGGGUCUUACCCGCAACGAUUCUGAUUGCUCAGCUGUCAAUCAAGCGGCGGCAGCUGAAUGCGAUCCGUGGGCACUUACGGAUUUAAUUGACACAUCGGAGAAAUGGUCAGAUCUGGACAAGAAAACGAAAGCCAUACGCGUCGCCAUUGGAGUGGCAAAGAUUGGAGCUCUUCUUAUUUUGCUUUUCUUCUUCGUUUGUUCCCUUGAUCUACUCUCGACCGCCUUCCGGCUAGUUGGUGGACGAACCACAGGAGAAAUUUUCAAGCAGAGCGAUCUAUUGCAAAAUCCCGUUGUAGGAGUCAUGAUAGGAAUAUUAACCACGGUCUUGGUGCAAAGUUCUUCAACUUCAUCAUCCAUUAUUGUCAGCAUGGUGUCAGCGAACUUUCUCACAGUACGGUGCGCUAUUCCCAUUAUCAUGGGUGCAAAUAUAGGCACCUCGGUAACCAAUACCAUUGUUUCAUUGACCCAAAUGGGCGAUCGUAACGAAUUCCGCAGAGCGUUUGCUGCCGCCACAGUGCACGACAUGUUCAACUGGUUGUCGGUUAUCAUUCUUUUUCCUGUCGAGAUCAUAUCGCGAGAGACAUUUGGAAUAGGAUUCCUUGAAGCCACGAGUGAAUCCGCAACGCAACACAUUGGAUCUGGUGGUCCAGGAGGCGGUGAGGUCAAGCUUCUGAACGCUCUGACUGAACCGCUUUCUAAGCUUAUUGUCCAAAUUGACAAAGGGGUACUCGAAGGCUGGUCGAAAAACGAUUCCACGUACUUUAAUUCUUCUUUAAUCAAACAAUACUGCCCGGUUGUGGUCAACGGAAUCAAAAUCAGAGAACCUUGUUUUUUCCUUAUGAAGGACACUGGUUUGAACGAUGCAGAAGUUGGAUUGAUUUUGCUCGUAGUCUCGCUAAGCGUCCUUUGCGGUUGCUUAGUCUGCAUUGUCAAAGUGCUCAACUCCAUGUUAAAAGGUCAAAUCGCUGGCGUCAUUAAACGAGUACUCAACGCAAACAUACCUUAUGUCCCUUGGAUUACUGGGUACUUGGCCAUUGCAAUCGGCGCCAUUAUGACCUUCUUGGUUCAAUCCAGUUCGGUUUUCACAUCGGCGCUAACUCCACUAGUCGGCGUGGGCGUCAUUUCGCUGGAACGAGUCUACCCGCUCACCUUGGGAUCCAACAUUGGCACAACAACCACUAGCGUGAUAGCCGCGCUUGCCGCCCCACCUGAACAAUUACGCUACACCUUGCAGAUAUCGUUGUGUCAUUUUAUUUUCAACGUGACAGGUAUCGUGCUCUUUUAUCCAGUCCCGUUCACGCGUUUCCCCAUUCCGAUGGCUAAAUGUUUAGGCGAAACAACGGCCAAGUACCGAUGGUUCGCCAUCGCGUAUCUCAUUUUAAUGUUCUUCUUAUUGCCCGGCAUCGUUCUCGCCCUUUCCUUUGCUGGCACAAUCACUUUGAUCGCUGUUUUAGCUCCCGUUGUCAUCUUGAUGACAACCGUCGUGAUCGUCUCCGUUUUACAACGUAAAAUGCCGACUGUGCUACCGGUUGCUAUGCGGACCUGGAAAUUCCUGCCGCUUUACAUGAGGUCCUUAGAACCCUUUGAUCGACUCCUAUCGAGCUGUAUUUGUUGUAAGGGCUCAGAAAAAAACGGCAAUGGUCUUCCUGCUGGUCAUUCGAAUUUAGGGUACGAGUAACCGGUUAGGAGGCUGCUAUGCCUAUUUAAUGCCUAUUUACCCACCAUUUUGGCUAGUUCAUAUAUUUAUGAGCGGUACCUAUCUUACUUGCGAAUCCCUUGCUCUAGUACUACCUAGAAUUUACCGCUAAAUGCAAUUUCUUUUAUGGCGGAUGGUGAGAGGAUUCGCAUCAAAGUUAGAAACAAAAGCGAUUUAGGAAUACCGCCUAUACCCCAACCGCACUUCCACAGCCUUCUUAUUAAAUUAUAAUGUUAUUUCCACGCAAUUACUAUUGCGUAAUUAUUAUUCUACGAACAGAAUGUCUAAUGCGGAAAUGUAUCGAAUUGGUAAGCCUAAAAGGCGUUUUCAGUCCCAACAAGCGCACAAUUUUUAUGGCUAGAGAAUCGGCUACACUGUGCUCGGUUAGAAUGUUGUUAGCCUUUGAACAGAACAGAAUCUCGCACACGUUUUUUUUAAUUAUUAUUAUUUUUUUUUUCAUUUUGUAUAUGCCUGAACGUUUUUACAUAUAUUUAAAGGCAAUAUAUGCAGCUUGUUUGAAACGUUUGUUCUCGUAUUUCUUCUCUGGUUCCGGAUCUGUGACUGUGCCGCAUAAACUUCAAUGUGUUAGUGAACCUUACACUGUGAAGCGCAAAUUCCGGCUUCCCGAUAGUAAUAAUGCGCGCCUAAAAAAUGCGCAUGAACGAAAUGACCUACUUUGGCUCGCCGUAUCCAUUUUGUUUGGCGUUGCCUCGAAAAAAUAAAUACGUAAAUAAAAUGUAUCUUUCUUUUU